GUCAAUCCUUAGCCAAGUAACAAGUGGGUGUCAUUGGGUGCUGACCGCUGUAGACGCCGAAGAAGGAGACGCCGAUGAGGGAGGGGCUGGCCUCGUUGGCAGCGGCACCCUAGGCACAAGCGUCGAUGGAGAAGGCACUACUUCGAGUCACUUAGGCAGCGGCUUAGGUCGCUUAGGCGCUAGGCAUUGA